UCCGAAAAGAAACAGCAAUAGGUACCUUCCUCUUUUUACAGUGUAUGCUCUCAAUAUCAUCAUAAUAAUAAAGAUCCAGAAGCUGCUAAAAGGCGUUUUGCUGAGAUUAGAAAAAAAUGAGUAGUGCAGUUAGGAAUCAAGGAAGCUGCGUUGCAAUCCGCGCUUUCUCCCCUUCCUCUUCCUUUAACCGUUGCUCUCACGGCUCUGCUUCUUCAGAUGCAGAUGGUACAACCUGUGGAAAGCCAGCUUGGAUUGGUAAGGGCCUUACUUGUGUUUGUUUCAAGCGGAAGGGAGUUUAUGAAGGGGUCUGCAUUAGCUUGACACCCAAACAGGAAGAAAGAUUGAAGAGGUUGAGGCACCGGAUGAAGGUGUACUUUGAUGGUUCCAGGCGUGAUCAUCAGCCAACUUACCUACAAUUAUCAUGGCGACAGGAAGCAUUGAGAGCACUAUGGUCUGCGACAUACCCUGGAAAGGAACUGCAUGGCUUGAUAUCCGAUCAGUGGAAAGAAAUGGGAUGGCAGGGAAGGGAUCCAUCUACUGAUUUCAGAGGUGCUGGAUUCAUUUCUUUGGAGAACCUGUUAUUCUUUGCCAAGACAUUCUCGACGUCAUUUCAAGGGCUAUUAAAAAAGCAAGGUGGAAAGCGAUCUGCAUGGGAGUACCCAUUUGCUGUUGCAGGUGUAAAUAUCACAUUCAUGAUCAUGCAAAUGCUGGACCUUGACGCCUCGAAACCGGGGACGUUUAUCAGAUCAGUUUUCUUACAGAUAUUAUCAGAGAAUGAAUGGGCGUUUGACUUGCUAUACUGCGUGGCGUUCGUGGUUAUGGACAAGCAAUGGCUGGAGAGAAAUGCGACGUACAUGGAGUUCAAUGAAGUAUUGAAAUCCACAAGGGCUCAGUUGGAAAGAGAACUCCUGAUGGAUGAUGUGUUGCGGAUUGAAGACAUGCCUUCUUAUACCCUUCUCUGUUAGCCACAAUUACUACUAUAUUACUCAGAUUAGGAGUUAAGGU